UCAUUUUGUUCACAAAAUACACAUAAAUAACAUUUAUGCUCAAACUUUGUUUCAGAAUUGAGGGAUAGAUAGAGAGAGAGACGGAGAGAGAAGGGGUGAUGGUUUGGAGUUGCUCAUUCGCCAUGGAUAUGGUGGCCUGGAGAGGCUUGAUGUACACAGGGUUCAUACUGCAUUUCGUCUUUGUCUGCCAGCUCCUCCUUCUUCAACCUCUGGUUUCAGCUCUAGAUGGCAAACCAGGCAAUGCAGCUGAAUUGUUUGAGAGGGUUUCACAGAGUAUAAAGGUGAAGCGAUAUAGUGAGGCACUUAAUGAUCUUAAUGCUGCUAUAGAGGCAGAUCCAACACUUUCAGAAGCAUAUUACCAUCGUGCAUCCGUUCUUCGCCAUAUAUGCAGAUAUGAGGACUCAGAGAAGAGCUACAAAAAGUUUUUGGAGCUAAAACCACGGGAAUCAGUUGCAGAAAAGGAGCUUUCGCAAUUAAUUCAGUCUCAGAAUGCUCUGGAGACAGCUUUGACCCUCUCUGAAUCAGGCGACUAUGCGAAAUCUUUGGAGUACGUUGAAAAAGUUGUACUGGUUUUCUCCCCAGCAUGCUCAAAGGCCAAACUGCUGAAGGUGAGAUUGUUGUUAGCAACGAAAGACCAUUCUGGUGUCAUUGCUGAGGCUGGGUACAUUCUCAAAGAAGAUGAGGAUAAUCUGGAGGCAUUAUUACUCCGUGGCCGUGCCUACUACUAUUUAGCUGAUCAUGAUGUUGCUCAGAGGCAUUACCAAAAGGGUCUCCGUCUAGAUCCAGAGCAUGUUGAACUGAAGAAAGCGUAUUUCGGACUGAAAAACUUACUCAAGAAGACUAAAAGUGCAGAGGAUAAUGUAAAUAAGGGCAAGCUGCGGCUUGCAGUAGAGGAAUAUAAGGCAGCCUUAGCUUUGGACCCUAAUCAUCUUGCGCAUAAUGUACAUCUUCAUCUUGGCUUGUGUAAAGCCUUAGUCAAGCUUGGCAGAGGAAAGGAUGCUUUAAGCAGUUGCAAUGAAGCACUUAAAAUUGAUGAGGAGCUUCUUGAAGCUUUAGUACAGAGGGGUGAAGCUAAACUUCUGACAGAGGAUUGGGAGGGAGCUGUGGAAGAUCUCAAAUCAGCAGCUCAGCGAUCACCUCAGGAUAUGAAUAUUCGAGAAGCAUUGAUGAAGGCUGAGAAAGCCUUAAAGAUGAGCAAACGUAAAGACUGGUACAAGAUUUUGGGAGUUUCAAAGACUGCAUCUAUUUCAGAGAUUAAAAAAGCCUACAAGAAGCUUGCUUUGCAGUGGCAUCCAGAUAAAAAUGUUGAGAAUAGACAAGAAGCAGAGGAAAAGUUCAGAGAAAUUGCUGCUGCAUAUGAGGUUCUCGGAGAUGAAGACAAACGUACAAAAUAUGAUAGAGGUGAAGAUAUUGAAGAUAUGGGAAUGGGGGGCGGCGGCGGCGGUUUUAACCCUUUUGGUGGCGGCUCACAACAAUUUACAUUUACUUUCGAAGGGGGCUUCCCUGGCGGUGGUGGUGGUGGAUUUGGAGGAGGCUUUCCUGGUGGAUUUGACUUCCAGUUUUGAUUUCCAGUAAAGAAUGGGGCUCCUCUCCCCAUGCUUGCACAAAAGAGAGCCAUAAACUGUGUCAUUCUAGGGGAGCACCAAAGCAGUUUUACUAAUUGAUGACAGGUUUUUGGUGAGAUAUAUACUUCGGGCACCCCAAAAGGGCUUCAUAGUUAUAUGGAUUUUUUUUUCAUUGAGAGUUGCUACGCGGAACAUCACGAGUCUAGAACAACUUGUAUUAGUUGAUUAAACGAAAUUGGUGAGACCAUUUCUGUAUAUGUUGCAUGUACCCUUUUCGAUAAUGGGUUCUCAUCAGACUUGAACCUGCAUGGUUCUGGAUAGCAGUUGAGUUUAUUUAGUGAAUUUUUUCAAUAACAAGAUUUAGUAUAUACUCAGAAAAGUGUAUUUUAUUGGAUGAAUAGUUUAUACCACAGCAUAUGUUUGCGAAUCGUUUUAUGAUA